AUGAAUAAUAUUUAUAUAAGCGAGAUCAAAAGAAAUUUGGUAUCUCUUGAGAAACGGGAUAUUGAAAUGGUUUAUUCGAUUGUUGAGAAAAUUUUAUAUAAACCGAAAUUACUUAACAAUCUUACUAUAUUAGAGAUACGAAAACUUGUAAAAUUUUUUUCCAAAAAAAAACCAUUAUAUGCUAUCACCAUAUUAGAAGCUUUAAGAGAUUAUGAAUUCAAAUUGGAACAUCAGGAUUAUAGUAUGAUACUCAAACUAUAUAGAAUUCUAGAAGAUAAUCAUAUUGGUGCAAUGUAUACGUUUGAGGUUCUAAAGACUCAAGGAUUUGAUCCUAGUUUAAAAGAUUAUCUUAAUCUUUUACAUGUCAUAAUAAUUAAGGGUGUUAAUUUUAAACAAGUGUUUAAUUAUAUUGAAGAGAUGGCAUCAAAAGAUUAUCAAGUGGAUUAUUACGUUAAUUCACUUAUUAUUGAUAGAUUGAUUGAAGUAAAUAAUAUAACAGUAGCUGGAAAAAUUUUAAUGGAUAUGAUAGAGAAAGGACAAGUAACUCAUGGAUUAAUACUUCCAAAUAUAUUUAAAAAACAACAGGAAAGUGAUGUAACAUCAGGAGAUUUAUCUUUAUACGUUACAAUUUAUAGUGUACUAAUUCAAACAUUUAUUAAUCAUGAUCAUUAUAACAAGGCAGUUGAAUUUUAUCGGAAACUUUUAAAAAAAUAUUUAACACCCGAUAAACAAAUAGUUGAAAUGAUGAUUUCCGCUUGUUUGACUAGAAAUGAUAAUAAGAUAGCACAAGAAUUUUUAAUACAUACGCAAACAUCAAAUAUAAAUCAUAUAUUUUUUAAUACUAUGAAUCAUUGUAUCAAAAAUAGAAAUUUCAAAGAUUUAUUUAAAUUAUAUGAAAUAUCUUGGUAUAAAAAUAUUACAUUUACGGAACGAGAAUAUCAUGAUUUAAUAUAUUCUUUAUGUAUUGAAGAUUGUGCGACGGACUCUUUUAUAAUUUAUAAAGAUGCAAGAUCAAAAGGGUUAUUAAAAGAAGAUCUUUUUAUAUUCAAUAAAUUAUUAAAAAUUAUGGUAAAAUAUGAAAAAAUAAAAGAAGUGAAAAUUAUUAAAAAAGAUAUGGAAAAUUUAAAAAUAAAACCGAAUAUUGAAACUUAUAGAAUCAUGAUUCAAUUAGCAUCAGUACAAGGAGUACCUGAAAAAUCCGAGAUGAUAUUUCAAGAAAUUUAUCGAGAAGGAUUAUCAAUUGAUUAUACAACAUUUUCUUCUUUAAUUAAAUGUUUUGCAGAUUCAGGAAAUUUAAAGAAAGCGAAAAGGGCAUUAAAUAUAAUGUUUCAAUCAGAUUUUAAACCAACUAUUAAUGAUUAUAAUCAUUUAAUAAGAGCAGCAGGAAAAUCAUCUAAUUAUGAUGUUAAAAGUAUUGGUAUUAGUAUAUUACGUGAUACAAAUCAAGAAAUCAAACCAAAUAUUGAUACAUAUAAUUAUUUUUUAGAAUCUUAUUUAUCAUCAAAUUAUUUAUCAGUUGCAAAAAGAGUUUAUAAAACAAUAAUUAAAGAUGGAUUUAAAUUUAAUUUAGAAACAUUUCACGUAUUUUUUAAAUAUUGGUGUAAAAUAAGAGGAUAUAAAGAUGCUUUUGAAUUAUUUUAUGAUCAAUUAGAAUAUAAUAAUUUAGAACCAUCAAUUUAUACAUGGAAUUUAUUAAUUAACAAAGCCAUUGAAUCAAAAAGUUCAAAAAUCAUAAGAAAAAUUUAUGAUGAAUUAUAUAAUAGAGGAAUUAAAUUAAAUAAUACUUUAUUAUAUAUAAAAUUAGUUACAUUUUGGGGAUAUGAAAAGGAAUAUAAUAAAGUUGAAGAUAUAAUAGAUCAUAUAAGAAUUGGAAGAAUUGAUGAAGAUAUAUUAAUUGAUUCUAUAACUGAAUUUAUUAAUAUUUGUAUAAUUCAUAAACAAUAUGAUAAAGCCGAAAAUCUUUGGAAUUUGGUACAACAUGAAAAAUUAAUUCCUAAUGAAAAUUUAUAUAAUAGUUUAAUUAAAUUAUAUACAAAAAUGAAUGAUGAUAAUAAAUUACAAAAUAUUUAUAAGAUUUUGAAUUAA